AGUGUUCUGUUAAAGAAGUUUGUGUCUGUUUGUUCUUUAAUGUCAUGAGCUUUGGUAAAACUGUAUAUGGAGGAUUUCCUGGCCCACCUGACGGGAGAAACCAUGAUUCUGCAAAUCAAGAUAAUCUAAGUAGAAGAUAUUCCCAUCAUCAUCAUGGAUCCCAAAGUGAGCAAUACCACCAAGAUGUACCAGUAGCUGAGUUUUAUGGUGGACCUCAUUCAGGUUACAUCCCUCAUGAAGUUAACUAUGAUGGGAAUUACCAUCAGCAUAACUUGUAUUAUGGAUCACCUGCUGGUUUCACCAAUCCACCAACGUAUUUUGGUCCCCAUUAUGGUAUGACUGGAGGAAGUAGCACUUUCCCAAUGGUUAACAUGCCGCAUGGAUUUGAACCAAACUACUACACGGAAGAUGCAACUGUAGGUUAUCCAGAAACUAAUUCAUUCCAAAGAACAACAUUAAUGGAUAAUGCUUCAGCAGCUGGAAAAUCGCGUCGUUUUAGUCGUCAACGCAACGUAAAGGAAGCUGGCGCAAGUGGAGAAGUCAAUAUGCAAUUCGCUGACGAACAUUCAUCAUCGAAAAACAACAAAGAGAAAAGAUCACAUUCUUCUAAGCAACCAAUACGAUUUAGCCACCAGAAAGUUAAUGGAGUUGAAAAUCCAAACCGACAAAAAAAAAGACUCGAGCAAUAAAAAGUCUGAGGCAAGAGCAAAGCAUGAAAACAAGUUGUCUGAGGAAAAGGCAACAAAAAGAAUUUCUUCCAAAGAAAGUAAAAAAUCUGAAGUUAUGAAAGUUGAUAAAAGAGACCAAGCUUCGGUUCUGCAUGAGCAAUUAACGUCCGGCACUUAUGAAUGUAUGGUGUGUUGCGAUCAUGUGCGACCACCGCAGGCAGUAUGGAGCUGUGGGACGUGCUACAAUGUUUUUCACAUGGGAUGUAUUAAGAAAUGGGCAAGAUCUCCUGCAGCCAGAAUCGAAGAAUCUGGUUGGAGAUGCCCUGGUUGUCAAAACGUGACACCCAAGAUACCUGCGUCAUAUUAUUGCUUUUGUGGUAAACAGAAAGAGCCGGAAUAUCGAAAAGGUGAAAUGCCGCACUCGUGUGGCGAGUUGUGCGGAAAAGCGAGAAAGAAUAAUCCCGACUGUAAGCACCCGUGCAAUAUCUUGUGUCACCCUGGUCCCUGUCCCCAGUGUCCGGCCACUAUAAUGAAGAGAUGCAGAUGCGGUCGCGUAACCUCGCGUGUCAGGUGCAGCCAACAGAAGAAUUUUAUGUGUUCGGAGAAGUGUGGAAAGAAGAAGAAAUGUGGUCGUCAUUUUUGUGAAAAAGUUUGUCACGCGGGAAAAUGCGAGGACUGUGAUGUCAUAGUUAAACAAAGUUGUUACUGUGGUGGAAGUGUAAGGGAAGUUAACUGUGGUUCAAAUGAACAUAACAAGCAACCACUUGAUAAAGAUGAAGGUUGUUACUCGUGUGCGAAUGUGUGUGGCAAAACUCUGCUAUGCGGCAACCACAAAUGUGAAGAUUUGUGUCAUCCUGGUGCUUGUAAACCAUGCCCACUACUCCCAUCACUACUUAAAGUUUGUCCUUGUACACAGACCAAGUUGUCCGAUAUGAAGGGGGAAGAUGGGACGGAGAUUAGGAGGAAAAUAUGUACGGAUCCUGUCCCUACGUGUGGCAAGAUAUGCAACAAACCUACAUCAUGUGGGGGUGAGGAGAUUCACUUGUGUAAACUGCCGUGUCAUCAUGGACCCUGUUUACCAUGUGUGGACGGGGAGAGCACCAUUAAGUGCAGGUGUGGCAAGUCAGAGAAGGAAGUUCCAUGCAGUGAGUUUGUGAAGAUGGAAACUUAUAUUUGUGACAGGAGAUGUAAUAAGAAGCGAAAAUGUGGAAAACAUAAAUGUGGUCAGAUGUGUUGUUUGGACACUGAGCAUGCGUGUAUGCAAAUAUGUGGACGCAAGCUUACAUGCGGCAACCAUCGUUGUGACGAGACUUGUCACCGUGGUGCGUGCCAUACUUGUUAUAAUGUAAGCUUUGAUGAGCUGAGGUGUUACUGCAACGAUAAAGUUAUUUUCCCCCCAAUUCCAUGUGGAAUGAAACCACCAGAGUGUAAUAAUGAAUGCACAAGGAUGCACCCAUGCACACAUCCAAUUCGGCACUCGUGCCAUACGGAAGAGAAUUGUCCUCCUUGUGUUGAACUAGUGAAGAAAACUUGCAACUGUGGUCGUACUGUACGUGGUAACAUUAUGUGCCAUAUCACCAAUGUAUCAUGCGGUGCUCCGUGCUCGAAGAUGCUCGCCUGCGGACAUAAGUGUCAGCGGCCUUGUCACAAAGGUGCAUGCUGUGAAGAUGGUGAACCAUGCAAACAACCUUGUAGUAUAAUGCGUGUUGAAUGCAUACACCCAUGUGCCAACCCUUGUCAUUAUGGUGGCCCAUGCCCUAAUACUCUAUGCCAAGCCACGGUAACCGUGAAAUGUGAAUGUGGCAGACGUGAAGAGCAGGUGGAAUGCUCAGCGGGUGGCGCUGUUUAUCAGAGCAUGAGUUCGGCAGCUUUUGCUACCAAAUCUAACGACGCAAUUAACAUUGAUAAAAUGCUACAGACCAGGGGUUUACAAUGCGAUGAGGAAUGCAGUAUCGCUGCAAGAAACAAACGAUUUGCUGAAGCCCUUCGGAUAUCAGAUGCUGAGUAUGGUUCGAAAUUAAAGCAACAAUAUUCAGAUUUCCUUAUGAACAUGGCUAAAACUGACCUUGCUUUUAUACGAACUGUGGAAAAAGACUUGAUAAACCUGGUUGAAUCAGUAAGUUGGUUGGAUACAACAAAACAAUCGCAUCCGUUUCCUUCUAUGAAGAGAGAUAAGAGACAGGCUGUGCACGAGUUAGCUGAGGCAUUCCAGUGUAAAAGUGAAAGCUUGGACGAAGAACCUAACCGUAACGUGGUUGCUACAGCAACAAAAAACGUCAGCAAACAGCCGACGCCCCUACUUAGUGACUUCAUAAUGGAACAAGUGACGACAGAAAAAACGUACGCGAGUGCAAAGUCAGUACAACCAAAAGGGCGAGUUCUUAGCUCGGUUAAGCUGGUUUCUCUUCGUUCGGCCAAAUCCUCUGAAGCGACCGGACGUCCUGGGAUUUUCAACCGUAAACCAUCCACUGGCGGCGCUACUGCUUCGACAUUUAAGCCGUCUUCUACUCGUUACGAAGUCCCUCGAUCUUCGUUACAUCGGUUGACUCCUGCGUCUGACGGCCGGAAUAAUAGACCCAGAUUCCCGCAGGUGACUUCUCAAGACGCCGUACGACCUUCAGUAUCUCGGCCAGAGGUUAAACCAUCUGUAAAAAAAUAUGCCCCACCUCACCAGCGUGUAACACCUGCCGCUGGCAGUUCCUCAACCGAUAAGUCGAAUGUGAUUGAUUACUUCGAUAUGACUGAUUAGGUGAACGGCAGAUCGUCGGUGGGCGAAGUUAUGUACUGCAGUGUAUUGUGUGUUUCCGAAAGGCAACAGAAGUGAAACUUGUGGAUUAAUUUGGGAGAUUUAGUGGCGCUGAGUCGCGUUUCUGUGUACGGAGUGUCACCAGUUUGUGACCAAAUUUCUCUUAAGAUUAUUUUUGGGUGAUUUUAUGGAAAUAUAAUCCCUUCAUCGACUCGCAUGCUUUUGUCGUUUAUUCAAUACCAGCCGCUGUAGCUACCAGCGAUCGAUUCAACUAUAUGCAGCUGCCGAAAGAAAAUCCACUUCGAUAAUGACGUCAUAAUUGCACGUCAUAACCAUGCGAAAUUUCUUUACCGGUAGCCAUUGGGCAGGAUUAACUUCUACUAACUUUGGGCAGGAUGACCGAAGUUUUAUUUUAACAUGUCCGGCAGUAUGUGGAACUACAUCUUUUACUGAAUAUGUUUUUUCGUCCGAAUAUUAUCGCAUGUUUUGUAUGAAUGUAUAAUUUCCCCUUAUCACUAAAUAGUUCGCGCCACACCUAUGUGUAGUGGUCCGAAGCCUAUUGUGCGGAUGUGGUUACGUCACAAAACCACUGACUUCGAUGACGUCAUUAUCACGAAGUAUUGUUGCUUGAACAGUAGACGUCAGCCUAAGAAUACACGCGUUCUUCUAAAUUCUGUUUUGAUCAGAGUAGCGGUCUUAUUGUAACUGUGUUUUAAAAUACCAGUUUUCAUAAA